AUGGGAAAGAAUCCAAAGAACGAGCUAGGUAGGGCUCUUGUGAAGCAACACAAUCAAAUGAUUCAACAAACCAAGGAGAAAGGUCGAGUCUACAAGAAGAAGUUUCUCGAAUCGUUCACCGAAGUUUCUGAUAUCGACGCCAUCCUUGAACAAGGGGAUCAAGAUGAGGAGCAGCUUCUUGAUCUUCCUGUUCCUCCUCCCACUGCCCUCAUCAAUCUGGAUCCUGUGUCUGUUACUGGUUUUAAUGGUUUGACUCCUGAAGAAAUGAAGAAGGAGCAGAAGAUUGAAGAGGCACUUCAUGCUAGCAGUCUUCGGGUUCCGCGCAGGCCAUCAUGGAGUGCUGAAAUGUCUGCUGACGAGCUUCAUGCCAAUGAAACACAACAUUUCUUAACUUGGCGUCGCAGCCUAGCCAGACUUGAGGAAAAUAAGAAGCUUGUCCUUACUCCAUUUGAGAAAAAUCUUGAUAUCUGGAGACAGCUCUGGCGGGUUGUUGAGCGUAGUGAUUUGCUUGUUAUGGUUGUUGAUUCACGAGAUCCACUGUUUUAUCGCUGUCCCGACCUUGAGGCUUAUGUAAAGGAGGUUGAUGUGCAUAAACGCACAUUGCUUUUGGUUAAUAAGGCAGAUCUUUUACCUGCUCCUGUCAGAGAGAAAUGGGCAGAAUACUUUCGUGCUCAUGAUAUUCUCUUUAUCUUCUGGUCAGCCAAAGCUGCUACUGCAGUUUUGGAAGGGAAAAAACUUGGUUCAUCACAGACCGAUAACAUGGUAAGUGCAAAUAACCCAGACACGAAGAUAUAUGGAAGGGAUGAGCUUUUAGCCCGCCUGCAAUCAGAGGCAGAAGAGAUAGUACACAGGAGAAGAAAUUCAGGCUCCUCUGACACAGGGUUAUCCACUAUUAAAUCCUCAGGUGAAAAUACUGCUAGUUCAUCGUCAAGUCAUGUAGUUGUGGGAUUUGUUGGAUAUCCUAAUGUAGGGAAAAGUUCAACUAUCAAUGCUCUAGUUGGACAAAAGAAAACCGGUGUCACCUCUACCCCAGGAAAAACAAAGCACUUUCAGACAUUAAUUAUUUCUGAAAAGUUGAUCCUUUGUGACUGUCCGGGGGAGUGUGUCCAAGUUGUCGCCAAUAGAGUCCCUAGACACAUCAUAGAAGAGAUCUAUAACAUCAGUCUUCCUAAACCUAAGUCAUAUGAGUCCCAAUCCCGCCCCCCUCUAGCAUCUGAACUUUUGAGAACAUAUUGUGCUUCUCGUGGGCAAUCUACUUCUAGCGGACUUCCUGAUGAAACCAGAGCUUCUCGACAGAUACUGAAAGAUUACAUUGAUGGGAAGCUGCCUCACUAUGCAAUGCCGCCUAACGUGUCAAAUCAAGAAUUAGCUUCCGAAGAUUCCACUGGACAUGACCAAGAUAACUCACAUGUGUCAGAUUCAUCUGAUAUUGAAGAUUCUUCAGAUGUUGAAACUAUACUUACACCAAAACUUGAGCACGUGUUGGAUGACAUCAGUUCAUUCGACAUUGCUAAUGGGCUUGCUUCAAACAAAGUUGCGGUUAAGAAGUCCAAGGAAUCACACAAGCACCACAAAAAGCCACAGAGGGCAAAAGAUCGUUCAUGGAGAGCAGGGAAAGCAGGGAUGGAUGAUUCAGACGGGAUGCCAAUUGCAAGAUUCCAUCAGAAACCUGUAAAUGCAGGUCCUCUUAAUGUUUGA